AUGGCCGUUUCUAUUCACUGUCUAGCUGAUGUCUGUCUCAUUCCAAUUGGUACAGGCAAGGCGUCAGUUUCUGAUGAGGUUGCUGUGAUCACUAAGAUAGCCAGGGAGCUGAGUCUCGAAACAACGUUACACUCGGCUGGCACCACCAUUGCUGGACCCUGGACAGAUGUGAUGGACCUCAUUGGGCGUUUUCACGAGGCGUUGCAUGCCAAGGGCGUGGUGAGAAUCCAGAGUGAUAUCAGAGUGGGCACGAGGACGGACAAGUUGCAGACGCCUCAGGAUAAGGUGGAUGUAGUGGAGAGGAAGUUGAAAGCCAAUGAGUAA